CUAGUUGUCUGCAGGCAAAGAUGGCGGUGCGGAAGAAAGACGGCGGCCCGAAUGUAAAAUAUUUCGAAGCGUCUGAUACCGUUUCUCAGUUUGAUAAUGUCCGCGUCUGGCUGGGAAAGAAUUACAAAAAGUACAUCCAGGCCGAGCCCCCCACCAACAAAUCUCUGUCCAGCCUGGUGGUCCAGCUGCUCCAGUUCCAGGAGGAGGUGUUCGGUCGACAUGUCAGUAACCCUCCGCUCACCAAGCUGCCGAUGAAAUGCUUCUUGGACUUUAAGUCAGGAGGGGCUCUCUGCCACAUCCUGGCUGCAGCCUACAAGUUCAAAAGUGACCAAGGAUGGCGCAGGUUUGACUUCCAGAAUCCGUCGAGGAUGGACCGAAAUGUGGAGAUGUUCAUGACGAUUGAGAAGUCCUUAGUGCAGAACAACUGUCUGACUAGGCCCGUCAUCUACCUGAGUCCUGACAUAGAGCCAAAGCUGUUGGGGAAACUGAAAGACAUCAUCAAAAGACAUCAGGGCUCAGUAACCGAAGACAAGGCCUCCAGCUCCCACGUUGUUGUGCCUAUUCCUGCCAGUCUGGAGGAAGAGGAGUGGGUUCGUCCUGUGAUGAAGAGAGACAAGCAAGUGCUGCUUCACUGGGGAUAUUUUCCUGACAGUUACGAUACCUGGAUCGCAGCCAGUGAAAUUGAGGCUGCGGUAGAAGAUCCUCCCUCCCCAGAAAAGCCCAGGAAGGUCCAUGCAAAGUGGAUUUUAGAUCUAGACCAGUACAAUGAGUGGAUGAACGAGGAGGACUAUGAGGUUGGAGAGGGCUGUCCUAAGAGGAAGAGGAUCUCCGCCAAGACCCUGACAGAUGAGGUGACCACACCAGACGAGCGGAGGGACAAGAAACCUGGCAGCGCCAAGAAGAGGAAGCGCUCGCCAUCACCCUCCCCAACCCCACCACCUCAGGAGAGCAAGAAGAAGAACACCAAAAAAGGACCAACGACCCCGUACACCAAGUCUAAACGGGGUCAGAGGGAGGAGGAACAGGAGGACCUGUCCAAGGAUUUGGAUGAAGCUUCACCUGUUCCAGCAUCUGAAGAGGGAAACCCAGCAAAGACAAAUAACACCAAGAAGGACUCUGAUUCCACCCCAGUUAAAGGAGGGACAGAUUUGGAUGAGCAAGAAGACGAGUCCAUGGAAACAACAGGAAAGGAAGAGGAGGAAGGCUCCCCGAGUGUGAAGGGCGAGCCGGUGAAAGGCUCAGACCUCCACGAGGACAAUGUGACUGAGCAAACCCAUCACAUCAUCAUUCCGAGCUACGCAGCCUGGUUUGACUAUAACAGUGUUCAUGCCAUUGAGCGCCGAGCCCUGCCAGAGUUUUUCAAUGGGAAGAACAAAUCCAAAACGCCUGAGAUUUAUCUAGCAUACAGGAACUUCAUGAUUGACACCUACAGACUGAAUCCUCAGGAGUACCUGACCUCCACUGCCUGCCGUAGGAAUCUGGCAGGAGAUGUGUGUGCAAUCAUGAGAGUCCACGCCUUUCUGGAGCAGUGGGGGUUGAUCAACUACCAGGUGGACUCUGAGAGCCGGCCCACACCCAUGGGUCCUCCCCCCACCUCGCACUUCCACGUCCUGGCAGACACUCCAUCCAGCCUGGUGCCCCUGCAGCCCAAGACAGCUCAGACCCCUGCCACCCAGCAGAUGAUGUCAUUCCCUGACAAAGUGAAGGAGAAGCCAGCAGAUCUGCAAAACUUUGGGCUGCGGACUGACAUGUACAGCAAGAAGACAAGCUCUGCAAAGAGCAAGAGUGCAGCCAGCUCCAUGAGGGAGUGGACAGAGCAAGAAACACUACUACUACUUGAGGGUUUGGAAAUGUAUAAGGACGACUGGAACAAAGUGUCCGAACACGUGGGCAGCCGUACGCAGGAUGAGUGUAUCCUGCACUUCCUGCGGUUGCCCAUUGAAGACCCGUACUUGGAGGACAGCUCCUCUUCUCUGGGCCCGCUUGCCUACCAGCCGGUACCUUUCAGCCAAGCAGGAAACCCUGUCAUGAGCACCGUGGCCUUCCUCGCCUCUGUAGUCGACCCACGUGUGGCCUCGGCCGCAGCCAAGUCUGCUCUGGAGGAGUUUUCGCGUAUGAAGGAGGAGGUUCCAGCUGCUCUUGUGGAGGCUCAUGUGCGGCGGGUGGAGGAAGCAGCGAGGGUCAGCGGCAGACAGGACCCUCUGUAUGGCCUGGAAGGCAGUGGCAUCGCAGGGACCGGCCUGGAGGAGGGAGAGAGGCCUGAUGAAAGCAGUGAUGAAAGCAAGAGUGACAACCAUUCUAAUGAGGAGAAGCGAGAGGCCAAGGAGAGUAAAGAUGGAGCGAAUGAGGAAGAGGAAAAGCAGGCAGAGAAUGGGAAGAAGGAAGAAGAAAGAGGAAGAGAACCUGAAGUAGAGAGGGAGGCAGACAAAACAGAGUCUGAGAUGGGUGAUGGGGAGAAGGAGAAGGAUGGAAAAGAGGGAACAGAGGAGGGACAGAGGGAAGGGGAGAGUGAAGGAGAAAGGAAAGCUAAGGUGGAGCGUGAUGUGGGAGAGGGGAACCUGGCCACUGCUGCUGCCUCCGCUCUAGCAGCUGCUGCUGUCAAGGCCAAGCAUUUGGCUGCAGUGGAAGAGAGGAAGAUCAAAUCUCUGGUGGCUCUGCUUGUGGAGACUCAAAUGAAGAAGCUUGAGAUUAAACUGCGACACUUUGAGGAGCUGGAAACCAUCAUGGACAGAGAGCGGGAGGCUCUGGAGUACCAGCGGCAGCAACUGCUGGCUGACCGUCAGUCCUUCCACAUGGAGCAGCUGAAAUACGCUGAGAUGAGGGCUCGCCAGCAGCACUUCCAGCAGAUUCAGCACCAGCAACAUAGCCAGGCAGGGGGCCCUCACUCCACCCAGGCCACCUCGGCCCCGGCACCUCAAGGCCUGACCGCAAAUCAGCAAGCUCCCAGCACACCAGCGCCACAGCCAGCCCCCAGCCCCGCACCACCAGCCGCUUCAGUCCCAGCUCCCGAGUCCCAGCCACCACCAAGCGCUCACACCUCGCCACCUUGUCCCCCGGGGCAGACCCCAGCUGCUCACUCCAGCUCCAACACUACAUCUGUACUCCAUGAGCCCACCGCCCCUCUCCCCGGAGAGACGCUCCACCCCUCAGCUCCGGUCCCUCCUCCACAGUGAGAAAAAGCAAAUUUCCUGAGAAUCUGAAUGACUCUGACCACUUUGAAUCCUGCCUGUAUUAUCUAAAAUGAAGAAGUCAUCAACCGAAGGAAGAGAACUCAUUUUACAUUUUCUAUUCUUUUUUUUGUUUGCUUGUGUGUUUUCAAGAGGACAAUUGAUUUGAGAAAGAAAAAAAAAACGCCGAUAUCAAUCCGCCUUUGUUUUGACUCUAUGUUAGAAAAGAAGUCCUUUUUCAAAUUGAACCGACUAAUGAAGAAAAUAGAUUUUCAUCCUGCGUGUUCGACUGCAUCUCACUUUGGAAUUUUAAGCUUGACACCAGGAGAUCUGGUAAGCUUAGAUGGUCUUAUCAACAUGCUGGCACUCAGUGAGAAGAAGAGAAAAGACUCAUCUCAUGUUUUCAGUGUUUUGGAAAUUGUUGCAUUUAUUUUCCUGCAACAGUUUGUCACAGCUAGUGAAGUCUCGUACUUCCUACGCUCUCUAGCGUCCCCCUCCCCCCUCGUACUGUAGGUACUGAUUAAAAUAUAUGUAAGACAAAAGCACUUUUAAUAUGUUUCUGUAGGUCGCAUUGAAAGACUUGAAGCAACCCUGAAAUUGAACUUGAGCACUUAUAUUAUCCCUUUCUUGUCUUAAAUACAGUUUUGGAAAGCUAAUUGGGGAAAUGAAUUUUUUUUCUCUAUUUUCAAUUGUGUCAUGUUUCUAAAACCCGUCUGAAAGGAAUGAAGACGAUUCUAAUCAAAAGAUGCCACACUGAAAUUUAACGCAGAGUGGAUGCAGUUUGGGAAAAGUGUACUGUAAACUGGAUUUUCUGUUACAAACACCUCUCUUGUUACACUCUAAUGAUAAUAUGGGAACUAUUUGAAAGUAAUGACAACCUGAGGUCUUGAAAAGGCCUCUUUUUGUUAUAGGAGGUUACUCCCUCCCACAUUUCAACAGCACUUAGAGAAAAACGUGACCGUGGCGCUUUGUGUUUUGCAAGUGCAAAUGAACUUGAAGCAUCCGGGCUGUGGUUUUUGUGAGGAAUGUAAUUCUGUUUGAAAAGAAAGUCUGGGAUUAAUACCGUUAGCGACCACGCACGCGUUUAUUUGGAUUUGGACUUUGUGUAAACUGCUAAGCCAAAAUGUUUUUUUCUAAUCAUGUUUAUCUCACAUUUAUUCAGUGAGUUUCAUUGUGGUUUCUUGGUGAGUGAGGAGGAUGUUUUUUAGCAGCUUGGUGCAUUUCGCUUUAAAGAUGUAAGAAAUGCUGACGCUGUAAAAACACAAGGGAGCACCUUAAACAGCUGACAAUGGAGAAUCGUGUCCUUAAUAUUUGCAACAAUAUCCUCACUUUGUAUCCUAUACAUUUAUAUAUUUUUUACUCUCUUUUUUGCCAUCUUCUUUCUUUGAUAUGUCAACAUUGUAACUGUAUAUUACCUUUGUAACUGAUAUUUACCCUCUCCAUAGUUGUGUGUGAUUUGGACAGGACUGCCGGAUCUGUCUGAGAUGUGACUGUGAGCAUGUGUGUAUGUGAACGCAUGCCAUUAGGAUCUGUAAACCAUGUUACCGUUCAGUUUUAUUUUGUUUUGGGUUUUUUUUUUACAAUUUUUUCCAGUGCCAUCUGUUGUUUGAAGAAUUUACGAGAAGAAACGUGUUGUUCUGCACAUCAUGUCAGUAUCAUGAAAUAUAAUCCAGUCAGAUGGUGAAACUUUACAGUCGAUGUCCGUCAAGCCAGUAUUGCAGUCCUCACCACAGUUGUGAGCAUAAAUGGACUUCUUUUAUCUGUGUUAUUAUUACAUUGUGUGGAUUUUGUGAUAUGAAAUAAGUGUCCGUUCAGUUUCUAUAUGUUUUUCACUAUGCCGAAGGUAGCAGCAGUUCCAUUGAUUAUUAUACAGUAGAAAAGUUUCCUCUGUAAAUCAUCACAUUAGUGCUGACAGUUAUUCUGGCAGUUUGUAUUAAAAAAAUGUCAAAACUGGUUUUAAUUACAAAAUGUUUGGGAAAAAAUAAAGAUGUGAAGAGGAGACAUUGUUCAGAGUGGUUUGUUGACUUGCUAACUUAAAGUAUCUGAUGACGAACGACUGCACAGUAUUUCCUGGUGGACCUUGAGGAGGCAUCGCCUGGCUGAUGCUCUUUAUUUGGAUGUAUCUAAUUAGCUAAUCAGCCAAUUAUCUCCAACUGAUUUUUAUUUUUGCUCAAUGUGUAAACCUAACAUCACUAAUUCAUAUAGCUCAGGACACGACACACAGAAAUCAUCUGAUAUCCACUUAAAUGAUUGUGAAAUAUUUUUCAUCAUGCUUGUAAUGCGACUUUAACCAGACUCACAGGCCUGAUGACACUUUGUAAAACAGCAUUUUUAUUUCAAACUUUCAGAAAUCCCAUUAUUAUUUCCAUUCACAAGAAAACUGCUGACAAGACAGAUAAAGAUGACAAAAGUUAAACAA